CAAGGGAGUGCAUGCAAGGUGUUUGAUGAAAUUACUGAACCGUGUGUUACCUCGUAUAAUGUGAUGGUUGAUGCUUGUGGGAAAAAUAGGGAUAUGGGUUUGGGGUUCUUGAAGUUUUCUUGCAUGCUUAUAGUGAUGUUAAUUCAUGGACUAGUAUGAUUCAUGGUAUGAAGAACAGGUGCUCUGAGGUUGCUGUUAAGUUUUUUUUUUGAGAAAAUGAUGGUACAUGAGGAUAUGAAGUGUGGUUUAUUGAAGUCAAAUGAGGCAGCUUUUGUUAGUGUUCUUAGUUCCUGCACGUGUUUGGAUGUUGGUGUAGCGUUAUAUCUAGGGAGGCAAGUACAUGGUAAGGCUUGGAAUGGUAUGAUUUCUUCCCUAGCUUUGAAUGGUAGGGAGAAGCAAGCAUUAACGAUGUAUGAGAAGAUGAGAUCGAAGGGGCUGCAACCAAAUGAGAUUACCUUCGUGGCAGUUCUAUCAGCUUGUGUGUGUGUCAAGCUUGUCGAUUUCAGUUUUCAAUUGUUUGAAGCAAUGUCACGUGAAUUCGGACUUGUAGCUAAAAUGGAAUAUUAUGGUUGUGUGGUUGAUCUAUUAGGGAGAGUUGGGCUACUGCAGGAAGCGUACGACUUCAUAAAGAAGAUGACUUUUGAAGCUGAUGCUACUGUCUUGGGGGCUCUGAUGGGUGCUUGUAGACUUCAUGGAGCUAUCGAGUUGGGAAAUGAAGCAGCACAACUAUUGCUGGGGUCGCAACUGAAUCAUUCUGGAGUUAUGUGCAACUCUCAUGCAUUUAUGCUGGCACAGAGAGGCUGGAUCAUGCUGCUUCCUUGAGAAAAGCAAUGUUAGAUGCUGGAAUACACACAGUUCCAGCUCACAGUUUUAUUAAGUAAGCUGAUAACUGCAACAGCUUGGUGAUGGAAUCUCGACUCAUCUAAAAGGAUCCUGCAUAUGGAUUUAGCACAUAGAUUGAAGCACUGCUUAAAGAAAGCAGUAGUCAUAGCUUGACUGAUCAAGAAGGAGGACACAUUUUUGUGAAGAUGCACAGCAAACCUGGUUCCAAAGUCUGUUUGUCGAGGUAUUUCUUUUUGUUUUCUACUUUUCUUUUUCUGAAUCUUUUUCUUUGCCACGAAACUUUGAAAUUAUGGAGCGGCUUGCUAAUUAAUUAAUCUGAACAAUAGUUGAUCACGAUAAACAUUACCUAUAGGCAAGCGGUUCUGCUUGAUUUCUUCCUAAAUGAAGUUGUGACAUGUUUUCUUUC